AUGCCCAAACACACUGUCCCCCAAGGAGAUCCAAAGCUCAAGGUCAGCACCCCGGUGCCCGAUAUGCUGUACGGCUAUAAUCGCAGCGCAUUUCCCAAGCAGCAUGUCCAACUCAUCGCCAAUGGGGUCGGGGUGGUUGCCAACAACCAGGACCUAAUAUAUCCAUUCUUCGCCAUCGAAUUCAAGGCCGACGGCCCCUCUGGAGGCGGAACCAUGUGGGUGGCGACGAGCCAAUGCCUCGGUGGGUCGGCAUCUUGUGUUAAGAUCGCCGAACGCCUCAACGACCAGCUGAGGCGCUGCGACAAUGCAAAAUCCGGCUGA